AAGUGGCUGUUUUCCCGGCAGCGCCCGCGCGGGGCAGUGAUGGCGGCGCGGGACGGGAGAGGAUUGUGGGGGUGGAUUUGUUCCACUUACUGAGAGCAGAGAGUCAGUGCUGAGGAGAGGCGAUUAACCACAGCCUCUUGUCAGCAGAUGAGGCCGCCCUGAUCGGUGCUGCUGGAGUAAAUGCACGAAGACGCAGACUGGUGGAAUGGAAACAGAGGUACCCACGGACCUACCUGUUGAAAAGGAAAAGGAAAAAGUGAGUCCUGGGAUCGAGGGGCAGGGAGACGCACAAGGCGUCCUGGCCGGACAGCAGAUGGACAGCGAAGAUGCAGACCCUCAGCCCUCGGUCAGCAACGGUGACGAGUCCGAGGCUGAGAAGGAAAUGGUGGACCUGAAAAUAAUCUGGAAUAAAAACAAGUACGACGUGCGCGUUCCUCUGGACAGCACCGGAGCCAACCUCAAGGAGAAGAUCCACUCGCUCACAGCCCUCACGCCCGCGAUGCAGAAAGUCAUGUACAAGGGCCUGCUGCAGGAGGACAAGACGCUCCGCGAGAUUAAAGUCGCGAACGGUGCCAAGAUAAUGGUGAUCGGCUCCACCAUAAACGAUGUCCUCGCGGUGAACACACCCAAGGAGGUGGUGCAGCAGGAGGCCAAAGCCGAGGAGCCCAAGAAGGAGCCGCUGUGUCGGCAAAAGCAACACAGGAAAGUGUUGGACAAAGGCAAGCCAGAGGACGUCAUGCCUUGCAUCAAAGGUGUAAAGGAGCGGUUGCCCAGCGUGCCGCUGUCUGGCAUGUACAACAAGUCCAGCGGCAAAGUCAGGUUAACCUUCAAACUGGAGCAGGAUCAGCUCUGGAUUGGCACCAAGGAAAGAACGGAAAAAAUCCCCAUGGGCUCCAUCAAAAAUGUGAUCAGCGAACCUAUAGAAGGAUUUGAAGGUUAUUACAUGGUGGCAUUCCAGCUGGGACCCACUGAAGCCUCGUAUUACUGGGUUUACUGGGUGCCAGCACAGUACGUGGAUGCCAUCAAGGACACAGUUCUCGGCAAAUGGCAGUAUUUUUGAGCGUGCCUCCGCCUCCAGCAAUUAAGGAUAGACUGGAAACCAAAGGACUACGAAACCGAUCGGAACGACCUCCACUGGAUUUCCCUCUUUCCUUUGUCCCUCCCUUCCCCCCCCCCCCC